UCGCUGCUCCGGGGGAGAGAGAGAGAGAGAGAGAGAGAGAGAGAGGGAGAAAGAGAGAGAGAGAGAGAGAGAGGGAGGAGGGACACACACACACACUCACACACAUUCACACACACACAGUCGCCAGAAGAAGAAGAAACAAGAGAAGAAGAAGGAUAUCGCGAUCACUGGAGUUUUGGUGGGAGUUUGUGGAAGAUGGCGCCUGUUGUGACAGGGAAGUUCGGGGAGCGCCCUCAGCCACAGCGCCUAACAAGAGAAGCAAUGAGGAAUUACCUGAAGGAGCGAGGCGACCAAACUGUCAUGAUCCUGCACGCCAAAGUUGCACAGAAAUCCUACGGCAACGAGAAAAGGUUCUUCUGCCCUCCCCCCUGCGUCUACCUGAUGGGCAGCGGCUGGAAGAAAAAGAAGGAGCAGAUGGAGCGAGACGGCUGCUCGGAGCAGGAGUCGCAGCCGUGUGCCUUCAUCGGCAUCGGCAACAGCGACCAGGAAAUGCAACAGCUCAACCUAGAGGGAAAGAAUUAUUGCACAGCUAAAACCUUGUACAUAUCCGACUCCGACAAGAGAAAGCACUUCAUGUUGUCUGUCAAGAUGUUCUACGGCAACAGCGCUGACAUUGGUGUCUUCCUCAGCAAGAGGAUCAAAGUCAUCUCCAAGCCCUCCAAAAAGAAGCAGUCCCUCAAAAACGCUGACUUGUGCAUCGCAUCAGGGACCAAGGUGGCGCUGUUCAACCGGCUGCGCUCCCAAACGGUCAGCACGCGCUAUCUCCACGUGGAGGGGGGCAACUUCCACGCCAGCUCCCAGCAGUGGGGCGCCUUCUACAUCCACCUGUUGGAUGACGAGGAGUCAGAAGGAGAAGAGUUCACUGUGAGAGACGGUUACAUCCACUACGGCCAGACGGUCAAGCUGGUCUGCUCGGUCACCGGCAUGGCGCUGCCCAGACUGAUCAUCCGGAAGGUGGACAAGCAGACGGCGUUGCUGGACGCUGAUGACCCGGUCUCCCAGCUCCACAAGUGUGCCUUCUACCUGAAGGACACCGAGCGCAUGUACCUGUGCCUUUCCCAAGAAAGGAUCAUCCAGUUUCAAGCCACUCCAUGCCCAAAGGAACCAAACAAGGAGAUGAUCAACGAUGGCGCCUCCUGGACAAUCAUCAGCACAGACAAGGCCGAAUACACUUUCUACGAGGGCAUGGGCCCCGUCCACUCGACUGUCACCCCCGUGCCUGUGGUCGAGAGCUUACAGCUGAACGGUGGAGGGGACGUCGCCAUGUUGGAGCUGACGGGACAGAACUUCACUCCGAACCUUCGGGUGUGGUUCGGCGACGUCGAGGCUGAGACCAUGUACAGGUGUGCGGAGAGCAUGCUGUGCGUGGUGCCCGACAUCUCUGCCUUCCGGGAGGGCUGGCGCUGGGUGCGGCAGCCGGUCCAGGUGCCCGUCACGCUGGUGAGGAACGACGGCAUCAUCUACUCCACCACACUGACCUUCACCUACACGCCGGAGCCCGGGCCGCGGCCACACUGCAGCGCGGCCGGCGCCAUCCUGCGGACCGGGACCUCCAGCCUGCUGAGCAGCGGCGGCCAGGAAGCCGGCGCCGGCGUCUACGGCCCCAACAGCACCUCCAGCGUAGGAGUCACGUCCUCAUCCUCCACCGCCGCGGCCGUGGUCUCCUAACGCACACAGGGGGCCGCUGAAUACAAUAUGCCUUGAGAGCACAUAUACCAGAGGGUAUAGACAGACUAUGGGAAAUAAUAAAAACUGACUCACUCUAAAGUGCUGUGUAUUAAUUUUUGGAUACAAAGAAGCUGAAACGGAAAAACGUUGGUGGGACAAAAGGAGCGAACACAGGGGGAAUCUGAAGAAGGAGGAACAGCCCAACGGUGUCAGCCAAUGGAAAUGAGCGGACAUGCUUCUUGACACGCCUCCUCUCCCGUGGUUCCUUUAAGGACCCGCCUGUUCCGAUUCUGGUGUUUGGAAUCAGUGAAGUUCCUUCCCGGCUCAGAGCACCAGCACCUUUCUACGGCUGUGGGGAAACCACGACAACAAUACAUCCACCGUGUACAAAACAAACCAAGUUGUGUUGAAAGGAAAGUAUAUUUUUGCGCUGCCUUGCUCCCCCCCCUCCUCCUCCUCCUCCUCCUCCCUCGUCCCCUCAUCUCCUCCCACCACUUGUUUUUAUAAUUAUUCCUUUUUUUGUUUUUACUCUGCGUUCAUUUGUGGUUUCCUAGCGGGGGGGGGGCUGGAUGUAUUGUUGUUGGAGGGAGUGUGAGGAUGCAGAGGGACACACACACCAAUCGUGACGAUAACAUAGUUUUUAUGGACCAAGGAUCUUGUAUAAGCUUUAGUAAAGGUACAUUUUUCUCCAUACCUUUUUUGUAUUAAACAUAUAGUACACUUUUGUUACCAAAUAGUUUCUAUUCUUCCCCUGAGCUUUGGGCUUUGUUCCCCCCCCUUUGAGGUCCAAACCCCCCCCACCCCCA